AUGGAUUCUGUUGUAGAAAAUGAGAAGAAACACGAUCAGGUUCUCGAAGAAACGACCAACAACUUUGAAUAUGAAGGUGAUCAGGCUCUUCAAGAAACAAUCGACAAAUUUGAAGAUGACGGUGAUCAGUAUCCUCAAGAAUCGAUCAGGAUCAAGAAGCGACCACCACGGUGCCAUGAUGAUGAUGAGGGCGGGUGUGUUCAAGAGAAAAAGAAGCGAAUGAUGAAGAAGAUGAUGGAGAAGGCAAGGUGCCCAUCUCCCCAUGCAACACCAGAGUUCCCUGUCAUCCUCAGGAAUCGGAUCAGGGCUCUGGGGGGUUCUAAUGUCACUUUUGUAAUCCAGAAGCCUCUCUUCAAGACUGAUGUGAGUUUCGGUCACAACCGUCUGUCCAUACCGUUGAACCAGGUACAACAAAGUUUCCUCACACCUGAAGAGAGCGAGAGGUUGAACUCGGGAGGAAACGGAAAAAAAAUGUGCAGCUAUGGAAGUGAUGUUGAUUGA